GAUCCGUUGUCCUUGGUUAUUCAUUCAUUGGGCGGAUCAGCUGAUAUUUGUUUACUUGAGCCGCUUGUCAAGUUACACAUUCCAUCUGCCAGUGUAAAGUGACACGUAGAAGGGCCAGAGCGGUUUAGAAGUGAUUCGCUCUCCACUUGGAAGAGGCAUCGGGUAUCCGACACCUGGUAUACACAGCCCUCAACCCACAGCUGAAAGUAUAACCAGUAAAGUCUAGCAACGGUAAUAUGUCCUUCCCUCUACUGCCACACCUCCAAGAAGUGCCCAUGGUAUGCGUAUGCCCUAGAUAGACUGGUAUGAACAUGCCAGUGAGCGGCCUGAAGCUGCGGGUGAGGCAACUGCGCCCACACAUUCCCCGCCUUGAGCCUAGAACUCAGCAUGUGGUGCAGACCCCAAUCACAGUUUCUAAGAUGAGGUGGUUGGACAUUGCACUGAGGUCUAUCAGAUUGCUGUUCGAGGCUCUGUCACGGUUUAUCUUUGGAAUCAUAUAUUAUGGGGAACCUCACAAGCCGCUGCCUCCCAUCAACAACCUCAUUUUGCUAGAGAGUGCCACAUCAUUGGCCACCAAGAUACGAACGAAGAAGUUGACAAGUGUUGAAGUGGUGAAGUCCUUUAUUGGACGCAUUAAGGAGAUCAACCCCAUACUGAAUUGUGUUGUGGAUGACCGGUUUGACGAUGCAGUCAAGGACGCGAAAGCUGUUGAUGACCUUAUACGAUCAGGGACAGUGGAUGAACAAACCCUCUCAAAAAACAAACCAUUCCUUGGUGUUCCCUUCACUACAAAAGACUGCAUGGCUGUUAAAGGUUUGCGGCAAACAGCAGGCCUUUAUUCAAGGAGAAACUUUAUAGCAGAGGAAGAUGCUGAUGUUGUGCACCUUAUGCGAGAGGCUGGAGCAAUCCCCCUCUGUGUCACAAAUGUGUCAGAGCUCUGUAUGUGGUGGGAGAGCUCCAACACUAUUUAUGGGAGGACCAACAACCCUUACCGUUCCUGCCGUAUUGUAGGAGGUUCCUCUGGAGGCGAGGGCUGUGUACAGUCUGCAUGUGGAUCACCCUUUGGUAUUGGAUCAGAUAUUGGAGGAUCAAUACGCAUGCCUUCUUUCUUUAAUGGCAUAUUUGGUCACAAACCCACAUAUGGCAUAGUAAGUAAUAUAGGUCAGGAACCGGUUGCAACUGGGGAAGCUAUGGAGUUCCUUGUGACGGGACCCAUGUGUCGAUAUGUACAAGACUUGACACCUAUGAUGAAGGUUCUGGGAGCAAACAAUUCUCACAUGCUUACACUUGACCAGAAGGUGGAUAUCAGCAAGCUCCGAUAUUUCUAUGUGGAAGAUGAUGGUGGAUCUCCACUUGUGACACCUGUUCACCCAGAACUUCGUGCAGCUCAAAAGAAAGUUAUAAUUCAUCUUGAGAAAGCAUAUGGCGUUAAAGCUAAAAAGAUUACCUUAAAAAAGCUCAAAGCGGCAUUACCAAUGUACUUUGCCAAGCUCGCCAGUGUAGAAGAAGCCCACACAUUUUGUGAAGAACUAGCACUGAAGAAGGGAUGCAUCAAUGUUUGGACUGAGCUUCUGAAGUGGAUGUUCCGGUUAUCUCAUCACACACUACCAGGCCUGCUGCUUGGUGUCCUGGAGAAGCUUAACAGUCAAAGCAAGAGGUCAGAAGAUUACCCAAAGCUCCUCACCAUGUGCACUGACUUGAAACAGGAGAUAAAGGAACUUUUGGGUGAUGAUGGUGUGCUCCUGUUUCCUAGUCAUCCCACUCCAGCCCCUUAUCACGGGCAGCCACUCUUCCGUGCCUUCAACUUCGUCUACACAGCAAUAAUAAAUGUUCUGCUGUUCCCAUCCACCCAGUGUCCUUUAGGCUUAGGGUCAGAGGGCCUUCCUCUUGGCAUUCAGGUAGUCGGUAAUCACUACAAAGAUCACCUGACUCUUGCAGUUGCAGGAGAACUAGAGAAAGCUUUUGGGGGCUGGGUUUGCCCAUCUGAAGUACGCUAAUUCCAGCAAGAGAAGCCAUUUCAAGAAAGUCAUGUUUCCUGUUUUAUAUGAAGGACUCUUGGAAGGAGAUGAUUUUUUUUUGUGGCAAAGUUCAAAUAUUAAACUUUUGCAUUUUG